AUUCCUACGCCACACCUGACGAAAUACACCACUCUGACUUAAUUGAUUUUGAAUAUAAGUAGGACUGGAAGUUAAAACAAAUGAUUAAAACAACUUUAAUUGACAAGGUAUUGGACUGUGGCAGGUAAUUUUAAUUGACAAGAAAUUGUGAUUCAAUUGGACUGGAGCAGAUUGUAUGAAUAGAUAUGAUACAGGCCGAGGAACUAUAAAAAGUCAUAUUAUUGUAAACAUCAAGAGUCGUCUACUUGGAAAUCAUUAUAAUCAGAGUAGUAUUUGGUUAAAAUAUCUUCGUAAUACACAGAACACAAACAUGUAUUAGUCAAUCGCACAAAGUUGUCUGUUCGAACCAAUCCAAAAAACUGACCAAUCAGAAUGGAGAUGACAGAGAUGCUUCAACAUGAUCUGUCUCGCAUGGACGAUUUGUCUAUUGAAAGCAUCCAAAGAUGUCUGAAGGCGAGAUAUGAUCGUGACCUUAUUUACACAAACAUAAGUGACAUAUUAAUUGCUGUCAACCCCCGCAAGCAGCUCAAGAUUUAUGACGAUAAGAUCCAUGAUAAAUACAAUGCUGACAAAUUCGGAACAGAUUUAGAGCCGCAUAUUUUUCAAGUCGCCGCAACAGCAUACAGACGCAUGCGUGAAAAUGACACGAAUCAGGUCAUCAUUGUUUCUGGAGAAAGUGGCGCCGGCAAGACAGAGAGCACAAAAUAUAUGGUCAAACAUAUGGUACAUAUGUGUCAGACAGGAGAUAUGGUCUUACAUGAAAAAAUCGUCAAGAUCAACCCUCUAUUGGAGGCUUUUGGAAAUGCCAAAACAAUAAUGAACGACAACUCCAGUAGAUACGCUAAAUACCUGGAAAUCAGCUUCAAAGAAGGUGGAGAACUCGCAGGAGCGGUCGUUAGAGACUACAUGUUAGAGAAAUCCAGGGUAGUUCAUCAAAAUAACGGAGAGGGAAACUUUCACAUAUUCUACGCAAUGUUUGCUGGAUGCACGCAAGAAGUCCUUGAUGACCUCUUUCUGAAUGACCCUGUAGACAGUUACAGAAUAAUGCAGAGCGAUCAGUCUAACCUUGGUGAAACAGAACGGUUUAAGAAGAUGUAUGAUAACAGUAUGGAGAUAUUGCAAAAAAUUGAAGUUGAGAAGGAAGUUGUGAUUAGAAUGUUAGCAGCGGUUGUACUUAUUUCGGAGAUAGAGUUUGAAGAAGACAACAGAGGGGCUGCACAAUUAAAGGAUGUUGCUUCAUUUGCUCAUGCCGCUAAAUUGCUAGAUCUUGAUGAAAUCACGUUCGGCGAGGCGCUAAUUACAAGUAAAAGAUAUGUUAGAGGUGACUAUAUAGCAACUCAUAAAACAACAAAACAAGCAAAUGACGGACGUGACGCGCUUGCCAAGAUGUUGUAUGAAAGAAUGUUCGGCUGGUUGGUUAGAAUGAUAAACAGAGAUCUUCACCCGAACAGGCUUGGAUCAAACCUAUCUGCUUGCAUCGGAAUUUUGGAUAUUGCCGGCUUUGAAAAGCUUCAGAAUAAUAGCUUUGAACAAUUGUGUAUAAAUCUAGUGAACGAAAAACUUCAAAGUUUCAUGAACAAAAAGAUCUUUACAAUGGAAUUAGAAAUAUACCAGGCUGAGGGAGUACAACUGGAUGGGAUACAUUUCGAAAACAAUGAUGAUUUAUUGGCAAUGUUUGAAAUGCCAAAGUCAGGUAUUCUAGCAAUACUGGACGAGAAUUCCAACAUACAACAUUCUUCCGAUCGUGGAUUUGUUGAUCACUUGAAAAAGAAAUUUGGCCAAAAUAAACUGUUCAUACAACCACCUGGAGACCACCCAGUUUUCUGUAUACAGCAUUUUGCAGCUUUGGUUCCGUACAACGCCGACGGAUUUUUAGAGAAGAACCGAGACAGAUUGAAUGCUGAACUUGUUCAGACUAUGAGGGAAAGCAAAGAUGACUUCAUUGCUGACCUAUUCACAAUCAAAAAAGGACCUACUGGAACAAUAUCAAUGGAACCAGGUUUUCAGUUUCGACCAUCGCGACGUGGAGUACCAGUGAUGUUUCCAGGUAAGCCCAAACUUAAAUCAACUCCGGCAGGAGCGGCUCUAGCAAUGGAAAUAGGCAAAAGUUUAAAGAAGAAGUUUGGGACAGUUCAACAGCCACAACCACAGGAAUUGACACAGAUUACUCCUGGAAAGAAACAUUUGACGCUUGUUUCAUUUUUCCAGAACUCUUUGAUGCAGUUAUUAGAGAAAUUGGGUGACGGAGACCCAUUUUUUGUCAGGUGCAUUAAAGCCAAUUCAAAUCUGUCAGCGAACGACUUCGACCAGAAUGUUGUCGCAGAUCAAUUACGAUACAAUGGAUUAGCAGAAAUUGCGAAGAUAAGAAAAAUGGGCUUUGCAGUUCGCAAAUACUAUACGGACUUUAUCUCAAGAUACCGUUGUUUAUUUCCGUCUUUACCGCCAGAAAGACAGGCAGACGUGACUCAAAGUCUUCUUCGUUUAGUCCCAUCUAGUUUCCAAGGAUAUUUCAGAUGUGGUACAUCAAGGAUAUUCAUGACGAUCGAGCUUAAUGAUUGGUUUGAGCAAAUUUUGCGUUGUCGUCAAAGAAUAGCUGCUGCUACAGUUACUAUAUGUAUGAGGAAGGUAGCAGAAAUAAAAAAGGAACAAAAACGCAUUGAAGCUGAUAGAAAGAGACGGGAAGAAUCGGAACGAUUGAGGCAAGAGGAAGAAGAGCGUAACAAAGAGAAGAAAGAAAAGGAUCAGGAAGAUAAACCAAAUGGUUCAGGUACAUCAACGGGAGGUUUAGGUGCAUCCGGAGGAGAUUUAGGUGCUUCCAGAGGAGGUUUAGGUGUUUCAAAAGGAGUUUCAGGUGGUUUAAGGCGAGGGUUAGGUACAUCAGUGACUGGAAAUGAUAGUGAUCCCCCUUCUUAUUUAUCGGAAGAUGAUUCAUCAUUAACAUCGACCCCUUUUGACUCUGAAGGACAAUUUACAGGACUAGGAGACACAUUACCACAUGAUGGAAGAUUUAGAACAUCAACUGAAUCGACUCGAUCACCUUCUCCAGUUGCCCAUAGCGAUGACGAACACACGGAAAAGAAAGAAGUGGAAAAACAUAAUAAAAAGGAAAAGAAGAAGACCGAGUUCUGGGACGUCUGUCGGAUAAUUGCACGGGAAAGAAAAAUUCGUGACGUCGAUGAGGACAGGGGACUUCAAGUGAUCAAAGUUGUCACUUAUAUUCUUUUAUUCUGUAUUCUCCUUUGGUGUGCAGUUGCUCAAAAACUCAGCUUGGUUGUCCUUGUGUCACCAGUGAUUGAUCGCACAAAAGAUAAUUCUCAGUCAGAUGUACAGGUAGGUAAAAGGCACUUCAUGCGUUUAAACAGACAUUUGUAUGGUUAUAAGCCACCAAGUGCCAGCAGCGGGACAGUACAAAUUGAGUGCUGUAGGAAGGUGGAUGUUGCUUUGAAGUUACAAUUACAGUGCUUGGUUGUCGAAAUUAUGCAUUCCAUCGGCCUUUGUACUCUUGCGUUCAUCAUUCUUCCAGAAUUGGACAUGGUCCGUGGAAUUCUUUUAUUGGGUGGCGUAGCUGUAGUGCCGUCGGUUUUGUUUCCAAUUUGUGCUUCAGACGUAGAAAGCAGUGGGAAGAAUGUAAAUGAUGAUAAAAAUGAUCAGGCGGCGUUCAAUGAAAGGCGGGGUUUAAUGAACAAUAAACAAAAUAAUCAAGGAAAUACAGCGUCCAAUGAACAAUCAACAAAACAAUCAACCAUAUUCAGACUUUCUGUUUUUGCUCUAAACAUUAUAACAAUUUUAGUGCAAUUUGCGUACAUUUCCGCUGUUUUAGUGUUAGAUCAUUUUGUCGUCGAUAGUAGAAUAGACAAAGAAAACAACAAUUUUGUCUAUUUCAUAUUAAGUAUACUUUUUGUUUCUUGUGCAUAUUGGGAAAAUUUCGUAGAUGACAGAUUUUGCUGGACAGAAAAUUCAAAAGGUCGUUGUGGACAGUUUAUAUUGAAGGCAAAAUUUGAACUCCAAGAAGCAAGACCAAUAAUUUCAACAUGUACAAGUUUCAUUAAGAUCGGUAUAACCCUUCUUCUUUCAUGGAUAAUUAAAGCGUAUUAUGAAGAAAACAUUGAAGAUGACGAUAAUCAUAAGCGUAUUGAGAAAGUGACAUUUUCGGAAGCGUUUGGUGAGCUCAGCGAAAAUGAUUUAAAGCGUAGCGGAGCAAUAAUAACGCUGAUAUUGUCUGCCUUUGCCGGAAAUUAUGUUGGAUAUACAGCAUGUAAAUUAAAGCUACAACGAUUUUCGUUUUGUAUUCCUCUCAUGCUAUCUACACCAUUGGCAGUAGUUAUAGCAGCAGUUGAAUGUUCAAUUGGAGGUGUACUUAGCCCGUUUACGUCGGAAAAAGGACACUGUCGCGAAGAUAUUGAAACUUUGAAUGUGGUUUUACACUAUAUUUGUGGCACUACUGUGUGGAUAUCUUUGUAUUGGCUAUGUAGACAUAUAUUUUACCCGGAAAUAGAAAGACUUGCCAAGACCGAAAGAUUGUUUAUGAACCCAUUCUAUUGCGGAAUUCUUUUUGAGCAGCAUCUACUUUUAAACAGACGCCGACACACAAGGAUAGUUUACAUGGAUAUAAAAGAUGAAAAGGUUUCUUACAGGUUGUCCAAAUUUAACUCGAAAGUUAAUAUCGAAGGUGACGUAGAAGAUGAUGUUGCAAGCCAAGCUGAAAAUGAAGACAUUCAUGCAGAUAAUUACAAAAACAAAAAGUUCAGAGAUACCCCUAUGAUAUACGCAUGCGCAACAAUGUGGCAUGAGACUAAAUAUGAAAUGUUUCAGCUUAUGAAAUCGAUAUUCAGAAUGGAUAGAGAUCAGUUUGUCAGACGACAUGCUGAACAAGUAUUCAAUAAGAAAGAUGAAGAUUUCUAUGACUUCGAAGCACACAUUCUGUUUGAUGAUGCAAUGACAUUGGGUGAUAAUAACGAAUUUGUUCCAAAUGAAUAUGUAAAGUUAUUGGCAACCAUCAUGGAGGAAGCCGCCAGCUGUGUAUAUGAGCAAACUGUGAAAAUAAAGGCACCUUACAAAGUUCCUACCCCAUAUGGCGGACAAGUCAUAUAUAUAAUGCCAGGGGAUAACUUCCUUUUCAUACAUUUAAAAGACAAACAAAAAAUAAGGCAUAAGAAGCGUUGGUCCCAGGUCAUGUACAUGUACUAUUUGUUGGGUUUCCGGAUAAUAAGAAUGUGUGAGGAAACGGUUUCAGCAGCACUUAACGAAGAGAAAAUAAAUGAUUUAAUACAAUGGGAUUCUGAAAGUAAACCUAAUGGACCAAUCGGCAGAAGUCAUAUAUUUCAGGCGUUCGAUGACCAAGUUCUUAAAAAGGCACAAAACACGUUUCUGUUGGCGCUUGAUGGUGACGUAGACUUUUCCCCUGGUGCAGUCCGCCUUCUUCUUGACAGGAUGAGAAAAAGUGAGAAAGUUGGUGCUGCUUGCGGCAGAAUACACCCUAUUGGAAAAGGGCCUGUUGUUUGGUUUCAAAAGUUCGAGUACGCUAUCGCUCACUGGCUACAGAAAGCGACGGAGCAUGUUCUUGGGUGUGUACUUUGCAGUCCCGGAUGUUUUUCUAUGUUCAGAGGGUCAGCACUUAUGGAUGAUAACGUAAUGAAGAAGUAUACUAUUCUGCCAAAAGAAGCUGCGCAUCACCUUAUGUAUGAUCAAGGCGAGGAUCGAUGGUUAUGCACACUACUUUUACAGCAGGGGUAUCGAGUUGACUAUGCAGCUGGAUCUGAUGCUUUCACAUACGCACCUGAGAGGUUUGCUGAGUUUUUUAAACAACGUCGAAGAUGGAUGCCAUCUACCGUUUUCAACAUAAUUGACCUUCUUGCUGACUACAAGAACACCGUAUAUGUAAACUCCAACAUCAGCAUGCUGUAUAUCCUGUAUCAGGGUGCAUUGUUGUUGUCUACAAUUGUCGGCCCUGCAACUGUUUUAAUGAUGAUUGCCGGCGCUAACAUGGUUGUCUUUAAAGUCACUGUCAUAUGGGGAUAUGUUAUUGCUCUUGCACCUGCGAUAUUCUAUUUUAUCUUAUGCUUUUAUGUGAAGGAAAAAACACAACUCCAAGUAGCAGAGAUAUUGACAGCACUAUAUGCGUUUGUGAUGAUGAUUGUAUUAGUUGGAACAAUAGUUACCGCAGCUCAAGAGAGUCCAUUUCAUCCAAGUGUCAUAUUUUUAGGUUUUCUAGUUAUAGCAUUCACCUUUUCAGCGCUGUUGCACCCAAAGGAGUGGUCAUGCAUCGUUUUUGGAGCUCUUUAUUUUCUUCUUAUACCAACAGGCUUCUUACUUCUCAAUAUAUAUUCAUUGACCAACUUGAAUAAUGUAUCAUGGGGUACUCGAGAAGUUCCAAAGAAAAAAACUCCAGCUGAAAUAGAAAUAGAAAAAAGGCAAGCUGAAGAAAAGGAAAAGAAAAAAAAAGAAAGAGGUUUUUUCGGUAGACUUUUUCCUACAUUUUCUACUAAAGAAUUUAAAGAUAUUCUGAGCAAAUUCACAGAGAGCCAAAAUACAAAGAAAGAGGAUUUAAGUUUCCAUGAGACAAACAAAUUGCUAAAAGAAAUGAAUGAGCAUUUGAAGGAAAUUGUUAACCAAAAGAAUGAGCCCAAACCUGCACCGACAAAAACGGUUCUUCUUGAUGACGAUACAAUAGAUCAUGACGAACCUGGCAACACGGAUAGACAACAACUUGCACAGGUCAAACUUAAGGGCAUAUUGAAACAACCACACCACGCACAACAUAAAAAAAGACAUGACUACGUAUCUGGCAGCAUAAGGAAUAUUGACGAUGACUAUGAGGAAACGAUAUACGAUAAAGUUAAAAAGUCGCGUAACGAGCUGUUUAAUCCAGCUUGGGUAGAGUGCGAGGAACUUGGAAACGGGAAAGUGAUUCCACUCGCCUCAGAGGAAUUGAAAUUCUGGGACAGAUUUAUAACCAAAUAUCUGAAACCUCUAAACCCUGAGGUGGAAGAGAUAAAGAACACUGCAAAGAGUUUGAUAGACUUACGGAACAAUAUUGCACUUGGUAUGGCGAUGAUAAAUUUACUAUGGAUUGCCAUCAACUUCAUGUUUCAGUUUGAAAGGCCGACAACCAUAUCGUUGAAGUUUUCUGGAUCGUCUGACAAUCCUGAUAGUCCUGACUAUCUGGAGGAAAACCAAGAAGAUACCGAUGGAAGUGCAUCAACUAAUAAUGCCAUUGAAGUUGAUUUAUUGGGAUUACUCUUCAUCAUUUUUUACUUAGCUAUUCUGUUGCUUCAAUUUAUCGGUAUGAUAAUACAUAGGUGGGGAACGUUCCAACAUCUUGUAUCCGUAACAAAACUGAAAAACCCUCUUCCUCAGGUUGGUUUCAAAGCUAAACAAUCUUUAAAUGAAGUAAAAAAGGAUGUUGAUUCAAAAGGAGCAAGAGGAAUUAUAGAUACAAUGAUUGCAGAACCCCUGCCAGAUUAUUCUGAUGACAGUGAGAACGACGAGGAGUUUGAAAAAGAAAUAGAGACCAAACUGCAGGCUUUACAGAAAACAGGGUCAAGGUAUCAAUUGACUGUAACAAAAAAUGGUUUAAGUGCAACUUCAAGGCGUCUGGAUGAGACAAUGACCGAAUUUGGAAGAUCAAGACAAGCUUUAUCACAAACCGCCAGAAUUAUAACAGAUGGUAUCCAGGCAACUAUGAGGAAGCAUGCAAACGCUCCAAAAACUGAUCAAUUGAGAUUGGAAAUGCAACAUGAGGCGCGUAGGGCGAAGGAUAAAUAUAUAGACAGACCACUCCCACCAGUAAAGCGAAGGAGGUUAAACCUAGGAGCAGGGCGGUCAGAGCUUGCAUCUCGAUUACAGGAUAUAAAUCCUUCAACUAGGAGAUAUUUUCAUGAGUAACUUAUUACCUGUUUUGCUUUACAAGUUUCAUUUGGAAGCCAUUAAAUUUAAAUGUAUGAUUUGAAGGAAAUAUCGGUUAUUUGAGCGUCCUUUUUGUAUUAUAACAAAUAUUCAUAAAGAAUUUAACGUUAAUUUACAAAAUCAUACUAAUGUUCUGCAGUAAUAAAAACAUUUGACAUAGUUUAUAUCUGUUUGUUUUGCACGUAAGACCAAUAUAUAUUUCACUGACAGAACACCAGAUAUAAUUUUAUGUGGCUUAGCUAAAUAUAAAAAUAUAUAAAAGCCUGUGUUCACGGGUGAAUAUUAUUUGAUCUUACAUACAAAACAAAGAAAUUAACUAUUUAUUUCAUGCUUUUAAACGAUUUUAAAGAUAUUUUCACAUUUUAUUUGCCGCUAUUGACACGAACUCUAAUGCAUGCCUUCAUAAAAUCAUAACAACACAUUGUUAUUGUUGAAAAAUAAUUCUGUAAAAUUUCAUUUAUUUUGUUACAUUUUGGACAUAGUAAGUUCAAAUGUCCAUGUGUUUUUCGAAAUCAAGUAAAGAUACGUAUUUACACAUACUGGUAUUUGGCAUCCAAAUAGUCAAGCUGCUGUGAAAA